GGAAGUGGGAUCUGUGUGUUCUCAUGCGAACGGGAAGGAGCGUUGGGGAUCUGGAGUCUCGAGGUUGAGACAUUUUCGGGCCCGAAAGGGGAAGGAUCAGCUGCCGCCGCUGCCAAGCCCGCGCCCCCUCUUCUUUGCUGUCUCCGGCCCGGCCCGGCCGUGCCGCCUCUUCUUGCCGUCUCCCUCCUCGGCCGUCCCCGCGUGUUUUGCGCGGUCGCCGGGCACCGGGGCUGCGGCGACGAGCCCGCGGGCGGCCGGUCGGGCGGGGCGGGCGGCUGACAGCGUCCUGAGGUUAGCAUUAUACUUCUCCAGUGGAGCCCAUGACUUCUGAUCAGGACACUAAAGUUGUGGCUGAACCGCAGGCACAGCGAGUCCAGGAGGGCAAGGAUAGCUCUCAUCUGAUGAAUGGUCCUAUAUCGCAAACCACUUCUCAAACAAGCUCCAUCCCAGCUUUGACUCAGGUCCCAACAACUAAGGUUUCAGAGCUAAACCCUAAUGCGAAAGUAUGGGGGACUCAUAUGUUACAUUUGGAAGCGAGUAGUGCGGCUGUUGGUGUGAAUGCCUCGUGGGAGGAGGCCCCCGGCCAUCCUGCAGACUGCGACCAGCAGGGAUUGGAUACCAAUGGCGAUGGUGACAAAAGUCAUGAGAAUGCCGCACUGUCAGACUUAGAGGAGGCAGACCAGACAGACAUGAGCACUCUGGCUCUGGAUCAUUCGGAAUAUGAACCUCUGCCUGAAAGUAAUGAUACGGGAGGAAAUGAGUCUCAACCAGAAAGCCAGGAAGACCCCCGAGAAGUACUUAAAAAAACAUUGGAAUUCUGCUUAUCUAGGGAGAAUCUUGCUAGCGACAUGUACCUUAUAUCCCAGAUGGACAGUGAUCAGUAUGUGCCAAUUACAACGGUAGCUAACCUUGACCAUAUCAAGAAACUCAGUACUGAUGUGGAUUUGAUUGUUGAAGUGCUAAGAUCUUUACCUUUAGUCCAAGUAGACGAGAAGGGAGAGAAAGUAAGGCCAAAUCAAAACCGGUGCAUAGUAAUAUUGCGUGAAAUAUCUGAAUCCACUCCUGUGGAAGAAGUAGAAGCACUAUUUAAAGGAGAUAAUUUACCAAAAUUUAUAAACUGUGAAUUUGCCUAUAAUGAUAAUUGGUUUAUUACCUUUGAAACAGAAGCUGAUGCACAGCAGGCUUACAAAUACCUUCGGGAAGAAGUCAGAACUUUUCAAGGAAAGCCAAUUAAGGCACGGAUAAAAGCAAAGGCAAUAGCGAUAAACACAUUUUUGCCAAAGAAUGGAUUUAGACCUCUGGACAUGAACCUUUACACACAGCAACGUUAUGCUACAUCCUUUUACUUACCUCCAGUGUACAGUCCCCAGCAGCAGUUCCCUCUGUACGGCCUGAUUGCCCCUCAGACAUGGUCAGCAACACAUAGUUAUCUCGAUCCACCCUUGGUAACUCCAUUUCCAAGUACUGGAUUUAUAAAUGGGUUUACAUCUCCGACCUUCAAACCUGCAGCGUCUCCUCUGACAUCACUCAGACAGUAUCCUCCUAGAAGCAGGAAUCCUAGUAAGUCUCAUCUGCGCCAUGCGAUUCCUAGUACAGAGAGAGGGCCCGGGCUGCUAGAAAGUCCUUCAAUAUUUAACUUCACUGCAGAUCGAUUAAUUAAUGGCGUCCGGAGCCCACAGACGAGGCAAGCAGGGCAAACUAGAACACGAAUACAGAACCCUUCAGCUUAUGCCAAGAGAGAGAUUGGAACUGGGCGCGUGGAGCCAAGUAGUCUUGAAUCCUCUCCUGGUUUAGGGAGAGGAAGGAAAAAUUCCUUUGGCUAUCGGAAGAAAAGAGAAGAGAAGUUUACAAGCAGUCAGACUCAGUCUCCAACACCACCAAAGCCUCCAUCACCAAGUUUCGAACUGGGGCUGUCCAACUUCCCCCCAUUACCUGGAGCUGCAGGCAAUUUGAAGGCAGAGGACUUGUUUGAAAACAGGCUUUCCAGCUUGAUCAUAGGAUCUUCAAAAGAAAGAAACCUCAGUGCAGAUGCAAGCACAAACACCGUUCCCGUAGUGGUCCCCAGAGAGCCUUCCGUGGCAGCAGCACCCUGUGCUGUGGCAGCAGCAUUUGAACGGUCCCCUUCCCCAGCCCAUUUACCCGAGGAUCCCAAGGUGGCAGAAAAGCAGAGGGAAACCCACAGUGUGGACAGACUCCCUUCUACCCCUACUACAACUGCAUGUAAAUCAGUGCAGGUGAAUGGAGCAGCAACAGAAUUGCGAAAGCCCAGUUAUGCAGAGAUCUGUCAGAGAACAAGUAAAGAGCCUCCGUCCUCCCCAUUGCAACCCCCAAAAGAACAAAAGCCAAACACUGUCGCCUGUGGGAAGGAGGAGAAGAAGCUCACUGAACCUGUGGAGAGAUACAGAGAGCCCCCUGCCCUCAAGUCCACUCCUGGGGUCCCCAAAGAUCAGAGGAGGCAGCCUGGGCGCCGACCCUCGCCUCCAGCUGCUGGGAAGCGUCU